AUGGCGACGAAACUGGGAGCUGCCGCAUUAAUGGUUUUAUGGGCGUUCAAGGAGCACGCGGAUGCUUUAGAAUCGGUUGUUCUAUGGUCCUCUAUCAACACUAGAAGGACUCGGCAUUUACAUGGGUGUUUUGAUGGUUUGGAGACUACCGCGUUAUUUGUGCGCUUCGACGAUGCUGGAUGUAUUAUUUCUCUCAAACUGGGACUGAUGAAUGGGAUCCUUGGCGAUGUUGGGGCCAUCAACCUGGUGUCUAUUCAUCGUAUGCCGCUCAUACACGAACACAUUUCGCGGACUUGGCAGGCUAUCUGUAAACGACUCAGGAUUGGAAUUGACGGAUAUUGGUGGUGGUUGAUAGCACCGUGGCAGGCUGCCAAAUAA